AUGAGCGCCAAGGCUGGCGUGAUUCAGAAAUGUCUGUGGCUUGUGUGCCUUGUGGGUCUGUUCAUCCCUCACAUCCUCUCUCUGGACUGUAACUCGCUGGAUUUUCACCUGCGUAGACUCACUUGGCAAAACCUGAGAUUUCUGAAUAGUAUGAGCAAUUCGUUUCCUGUGGAGUGUCUAAGAGAAAGCAAAGCUUUUGAGUUGCCCAAAGAGAUCCUGUCAUACACCCAGCCUCUGAAAAGAGACAUCAGGGAGACCUUCUAUGAAAUAUCCAAACAGGCCUUCAACAUCUUCAGUCGAUAUGCCUUCCAAUCCAUUUGGGAAGAGAAACACCUGAGACAAAUCCAAAUCGGACUUGAUCAGCAAUUGCAGUACCUGGAACAAUGCUUGACAGAAGAGGAGAAGGAAAAUGAAGACAUGAAACAGAUGGAAAAGGAUGAGGGGAAACAUCCAGGAGCUAUGGUCUCCCAGCUGAGCAACCUAAAUCUAAAGAGAUACUUCCGCAGGAUAGGCAUUUUCCUGAAAGACAAGAAAUUCAGUCACUGUGCUAGAGAGAUCGUCCGAUUGGAAAUCAUAAGAUGUUUUUACUACUUUUUGAGAUUCACAGCACCCCCCAGGAGAAAAUAA